CCGGCUAAGGGUGGCCAGCUGGGGAGGAGCUAGCCUGGUGGGGAAGCUACCUCUUGGGCGGGGGCCUAAGGAGGCUAAGGACUCCGAGUCGCCGGUAGGAAGGACCCCUUGGAAGUCCCUCCCCUCAGGCCUUUCCUACUUUACUGCUUCUCCCUCCUGGGCCGUGUGCGCUCAGCUCUGCUCACAGACUGCCCGCUGCGGCCUCGAGGGCCCGGUACUGCAACACCCUCUUCUCCAGCAAGGGGGCUCCAGAGGCUGAGCAGCCUGGAAGUCUGGUGGCCUGGAGAGUCGUCUGGACAAUGUCUUGGUAAUGUCCAGGGUUCCAGGAAGAGAUGUCCUUGUGGCUGGAGGCGCCAAGGCCUGCUGUUUGUCCUGACUCUGCAACAGAGUUGUGGAAGGCAGAAACCCAAGAUGCAAGAGACCAGGGAGGCAACAGCUGCAUCCUCAGGGAAGACACUAGGAUGUCCCAGCCUGCUGGAAAUGCUUUGAGGAUGGGGUUGGAGACAGCAGAGCCCACAGCUUUGCUCCCCAGGGCAGAGACCUUUCCAGAACCUACAGAGCUUCGUCCACAAAAGCGGAAAAAGGGGCCGGCCCCCAAGAUGCUGGGGAACGAGCUGUGCAGCGUGUGUGGGGACAAGGCCUCUGGCUUCCAUUACAAUGUGCUGAGCUGCGAGGGCUGCAAGGGAUUCUUCCGCCGCAGUGUCAUCAAGGGAGCACGCUAUGUUUGCCACAGCGGUGGCCACUGCCCUAUGGACACCUAUAUGCGGCGGAAAUGCCAGGAGUGUCGGCUUCGGAAAUGCCUCCAGGCAGGCAUGCGUGAGGAGUGUGUCUUGUCAGAAGAACAGAUCCGCUUGAAGAAACUGAAGCGGCAAGAAGAGGAACAGACUCAAGCCACAUCAGUGUCCCCAAGGGUCUCCUCAGCUCCCCAAGCCCUGCCACAGCUCAGCCCAGAGCAACUGGGCAUGAUCGAGAAGCUGGUUGCUGCCCAGCAGCAAUGUAACCGGCGCUCCUUUUCAGACCGACUUCGAGUCACGCCUUGGCCCAUUGCACCUGACCCUCAGAGCCGGGAAGCCCGACAGCAGCGCUUUGCUCACUUUACAGAACUGGCCAUCGUGUCUGUGCAAGAGAUUGUUGACUUCGCCAAACAGCUCCCUGGCUUCCUGCAGCUCAGCAGGGAGGACCAGAUCGCCUUGCUGAAGACCUCUGCGAUUGAGGUGAUGCUUCUGGAAACAUCACGGAGGUACAACCCCGGGAGCGAGAGCAUCACCUUCCUCAAGGAUUUCAGUUACAACCGAGAAGACUUUGCCAAAGCAGGGCUUCAGGUGGAGUUCAUCAAUCCCAUCUUCGAGUUCUCCAGAGCCAUGAAUGAACUGCAGCUCAACGAUGCCGAGUUUGCUUUGCUCAUUGCCAUUAGCAUCUUCUCUGCAGACCGGCCCAAUGUGCAGGACCAGCUCCAAGUCGAGAGGCUGCAACACACGUACGUGGAGGCCCUGCAUGCCUAUGUCUCCAUCAACCACCCCCACGACCGACUGAUGUUCCCACGGAUGCUAAUGAAGUUGGUGAGCCUCCGGACUCUGAGCAGCGUCCAUUCAGAGCAAGUGUUUGCACUACGCCUGCAGGACAAAAAGCUUCCCCCGCUGCUGUCUGAGAUUUGGGAUGUGCACGAAUGACUGUCCUCUGUGCUUUGGGCCCCACGGCUGAGGCUUACAGACUGCUUCCCAGAGGUGGAGCAGACCGAGAAGGGCAAACAUUCCAGCUGGGUGAAGGAGAUCCUUGCAUGGCAUUAAAGGAGAGUCAAAGGGUUGGGUAUUUUGUGGCUGCUGGGCAGUUGGAGACCUACGAACGUGUACCAUCUGAAGACCUUAUUGACCCAAUCAAAUAAACUAUUUAGGAAGGCCA